CGAGAAACUUUGCAGACUCUCCAAUGUCUCGAUAAUAACUUGAAGAUCACGAUGAACGGAGCUAUUGAGGCCGUGUACAUCUAUGAUGAACACAAUCGCCCAAUACUCACCCACGCAUACACGUCAAGACCACUCACUGCUACUCAACUUCUCCCAAUUUACCUAGGUCAUCCGAGUCCGCGACCCAAUCUGAUAUAUCUGCCAAAUACCUCUCCGCCGACCUUAGUCUUCAGUCUGAUUCACUCCAACCUACUCUUCCUCCUAACCUCAUCCUCCGAAAUUGAACCUUUACUAGCCCUCGAGUUUCUACACCGAGUAAUAGAUGUUUUGGAAGAGUUCGUGGGUGCACCUCUGAUCUCUCACAAGGUAGAGAGCAGUUAUGAUGUCGUUGCACAACUUCUGAAUGAGAUGUGUGAUGGAGGUGCUGUUAGUACCACCGAGCCAAACGCUCUAAGGGAUUUGGUAGAAGUUGAGGGCUGGAUUGGCAAACUUCUUGGGGGCAUAAAUAUACCGGGAAAGCCGGGGUUCUCGUCAACAUCUUCUAAUUCCAACAUGUCUGCAAUAUCUUCCACGGGGACACUAGCUGCAAAUACUCCAGCAUUGCCUUGGCGUAGAGCAAAUGUACGACACACAUCCAACGAGCUAUAUGUGGAUCUAGUCGAGACUCUCUCCGUGACACUUGCGCCGUCUGGACGGCCAUUGGCCGCUUUCGCCAAUGGCACCAUUGCCUUCACCUCUAAAAUCUCUGGGGUCCCAGAUCUUCUAUUGCAUCUAUCCACACCCUCGGGAAGACAGAAUAUCAACAGCGUCAUGGAGCUUCCAAUAUUUCAUCCAUGUGUCAGGUUAGCAAGGUGGCGGGAGAAUCCAGGAGAAUUGAGCUUUGUGCCCCCUGAUGGAAGAUUUGUUCUGGCAGGAUAUGGUGUUGACUUACUGCCGUUUCAGAAUGGCAAAGUUGGAUCGACUAAUGCAUCAAAUCUGAAAUUACCUGUCAGCCUCGAAGUCAAGACCAGCCUUGGUCCCACGGGAUCGGACUUCGAAGUCAGGUUGUUCAUUACUAAAGUCUCUGGACAAGGCAAUUCUUCCUUAUCUGGCUCAUCGCAGGGUAUUGGGCGACCAGGAGGACGUGGUGGAUUCGGCGCAGGAAUUGGCAGUCAUCCGGGGACUUCAUCGACUCCCGCAUUGGAAGAUCUGGUAGUAACCAUACCCUUGCCAGCAGAUGUUAGGAAUCUCUCUGAAAUUAGAGCAAGUAGAGGUGAUACCACUUAUAACCCUGGAGAGAAAGUAUUGGAAUGGCACAUCUCGGCGAAAGAGGCUACAGCCGGAGGAGCCACUUUACGCUGUACCAUUGUUGGACCUCUCUCGGAUGACGAUGACUUUGAAGGAAACGGCUUCAAGCUUGAAGGAAAUUAUGAUUACCAGGAGGAAGCGUACCAGAGUGCUCCGGUCAAAGACACGAGUCCGGAGAAAACCGAGGAGCAGAAAGAUGCUCGGAAAGUUGCUCAGAACAAAAUUCUGAUGCCGACUUCUACAUCUGUCAGCUUUUCAGUCAAGGGCUGGCUGGCCUCUGGUAUCAAGGUUGAGAGUUUAGUUAUCGACACUAGAAAGAGCCGUGGACUAGGUGAGGGUGUGAAGCCAUACAAGGGUGUCAAGUACUUGACCGUGAGUAGGCGAGGCGUCGAGAUAAGGUGUUGAGUAUUUGCAUAGCAUAGCAUAGGCGUCAGGCGUUGGACUUCGGAUUGAUCGUCCGAAGUACCAAUAUACUAUAGGAAGGACCGAUUUCUUACGAUUUCACGUUUCUAAAUGCCACUCGUUACCGAAAAAGUCGAAUCAUGAAGAAGCAGGCAAUGGCUCAGCGACACCUCCUUCCCUUCUCUAUGCUGCUUCCCUAAGCAUAAUCAACCCCAUGAAGAACUGCUCUUUGCUAGCUCUACAGACUCGGUUUGUAUUGAUGGGGCUCAUCUACGAAC